CCCUGUUGUUGCGUGUUUGAGUCGUCCAGAGUUAUGACAGUUUCUGUUGUGUUGUGUGAUAAUCCCUUUAAGCCCCCUGGCGUCUUACAGAGCUCACAGUAUAAGGUAUCAUCACAGUCAGCGGACAAGAAGCGUAAUCGUGGAGUUUACCUCGUCCUGGACGCAUUUAUUCGCGAAAAUAUGCUCCGGAGGUUGUUCAGCUUUCGCAAAUCAAAGCAGGAAGACGAUGACAACGCCGAAUCUCAGAAAGAAAAUGUUGACCCAAACUCUCAGCUUCAGGAACUUGAAGCCGCUCAACCAGUCAUGAAAGCAAACCAGCCGAUGUCGUGUAUUUUGAAAUCUACGUCAGACGUAAAAGCGAUUAGAGAAUCAUAUGAGGGCAAUUACAUUGAACCAAAUGUCCCUGACUCAGUCGGUAAACUUGACGACAGAGCCGAGGAGAGAACUUUGGAAAAGAAGCAUGAAAUAUCCGAAUUGUGUUUAGUGUUGGAAUCUUCGACGCUUUCUGAUACAGAGAGCGAGACGAAAGACAGUGAGUGUAUCAAGGAUGAACUCUCUGUUUUAGACGAAUCUGAACGGUGUGACAGUUCAACAUCUACAGAGGACAAAGAAGAGAGCGGCAUCGAGCAAGACUUCGAACCAGCCAUUGCGAACCAGACUUUAAGAACAAAUACUGAGCAGUCAACUACAGAACUAAAACCAAAUUCCGUCAGUCUGGAUAAGAUUGCCAAUAGUUACCGGAUGACUUUAAAUCCCAUAAACCUUAAGUCGCAUCUGACACGAAACGAUCGAAUCAAAACAUCAUUGACUCGAAAUUCUCAACGAGUGCCAGACGAGAUGAAGCAAAAGAAGAACAGCUGUAACAGUUACCCUGAGAAAUUUCCUUCUAUUGUACCCUCCAAAGGGUUUCAAAGACAGUUUUUUCCUCAAAGAGUUCAGCAUUCCAGGGCACUCUCCGUUAAACCAACUCCACGACAGGCCCGUCGAAAUAAGGUCCCGGAAUUGUUUGGGGACAUAAUCAUAAAGGAUCAACGCAGCGCCACGUCUAAGUAUCAGUCUCCUAUAAGGAAAGGUAUUUUAAAAUAUCCCGGUAACUCUAAAUCUUCGGCUGCAGGAGUAAGGUGCGCCGCAGCGAUGCCGAAGAAAAACAAAGCUAUGUCACAGAAAGAUAAAAAGAUGUCACUGUCGUCAGAUAGUGGGCUCAGCGACAACGAAGGUUCCAGCGGUGAUGAACAAAAGCGCAUACCUGUCAAGAAAAUCUUCAGUAACCAACAGGCUCUGCGGAAGAGAAUAGAUGAUUUAAAUGGGAUGUUGAAGACAAUGGAGCAACAGAGGUCUGAACUGCAGUCCGUAUUGCAGAUAGUCAAUGACUGGACCGAGGAUUUACGCGCGGUUAACAGAACCAAUUUAGGUGUCCCAUACAUACGGGCUAUCAAGCAGUUGCUGGCCAAACAGCACAUUGCCUUGAGCAGUAGGAAAAGUGACUUUAAUAAACGAAUUGACAAGCUGAAGGACGCUGAAGUUCCCUUCACAGAAGAGCUGGGUACUUUGAUUCAGCAGCUACGUCAAGAAGUCACGUGCGUUGUUAGAGAUCAGCGAAAAUACAGUGCAAGAAGCAUUGAGAAUAUUCGUCAGCUCCAAGGAAGAAUUAUUGGAACCUGUUCGGCAAUUCUAGCUGUCUAUUAUGAAGAAUGACCAGUAAAACUAUUUUCUGUAACAAAAUGUGGUACGCACGGAUCCCCUAUAACACGAACAUUUUGUAGAUUUUUUUACCAGUACAGCGAGAUAUAUAGCAAUGAUUGAGCCUAUCUGGCCGGAUUUUUUAGACAUUUCCAUUUCUUAUUUUGCGCAGUAGUUUAUAGUAACUGAUCAGUUUUCAAGGCAAUUUUUUAGUCCACCCACAUGUCCGUAAUUUCUUCAACAAUU